AACAAGCUCAGUAAUUACCCACUUCCACAUAUCUGCCGGUAUAUAUAUGGGCUACCAGCCUACUAGUAUCUCAAAAGACAACAACAAAAUUCUUAUUUAUCCUUGAAAAAUGACCAUUCUUUUAUCCAAAUCUCGUUCAUUACCAUCUUCACAUAUGCUACUUGUCAUUCUAACUCUCCUAGGGGCCAUUAGGUUAGUGUACUCGGGUACGGGCGUGAACCCUAAUAACCCGAGUAUUGAUAUGGACCCUUACAAAUCUCGGGGCGAUGAUCUAGGCCUGUUUGACCCGUUUUACGAUAGUAAUAACCCGGAUAAUCCAACUUGUCAACCACCCAUCCCACCCGGUGUGCUGCCCGUUUACAAAGUUGAUAUUAUGCAAUUGCAAUUUGCUCAAAAUCUAGAGCAUUUGGAAGCUGAUUUCUUCUUGUGGAGUGCCCUAGGUUAUGGCCUUGACGUGGUUGCCCCGCAGUUAACCCUAGGCGGCCCACCUCCCAUCGGAGUCCGAAAGGCCAACCUUGAUAACCUCACCGGUAGUAUCAUUGAAGAAUUUGGUUAUGAGGAAAUUGGACACUUGAGGGCUUUAAAAACGACGGUCGGAGGAAUCGAAAGGCCAUUACUGGAUUUGAGUCCAGAAAACUUUGCAAGAGUUGUAAAUCAAGCAUUUGAAUGUGAUCUUAAGCCCCCAUUUGAUCCAUACAGAGAUAGUCUCAGCUUCAUGUUGGCUUCUUACAUCAUUCCUUACCUGGGACUUAAUGGUUAUGUUGGUGCUAACCCACAGCUCAAAGGCUAUGUUUCCAAAAGGCUCUUAUCAGGACUACUAGGAAAUGAAGCAGGCCAAGAUGCAAUAAUUAGGAUGUACUUGUACGAAAGACGAAAGAAAAUAGUGCACCCGUACAACUUCAGUGUGGAAGAAUUCACAAACCGCAUUUCAAUCCUAAGGAACAAAUUGGGUAUGUGUGGCAUCAAAGACGAAGGCAUCGUCGUCCCACGAGAGCUCGGACCCGAGGGUCGGACUAGCACCAAUGUCUUAUCUACGAACCGCGACGAUCUUUCUUAUGCUCGAACACCUGCUGAAAUACUUAGGAUCUUGUAUGAAUCUGGCGAUGAGCACAUUCCUGGUGGAUUUUAUCCUAAGGGAGCUAAUGGUCAAAUUGCUAGGAUGUAUCUUAAAAAACUAUACUAGUUUCUUUUAUUUUAUUGUUUUAAUUUGUUCAAUAAGUUUAUAAAAGCACUAGAUGCAUGUAUAAUGUAUUAUUGAAGUCCUUCUAUAUAGUAUUAUUUUUGUAUAAAUAA